GGAUGAUAAUAAUGUAGGAAUAAAAAUAAAAUGGCAUUCUCAUUAUCAUUGUUAUUGUCAUUUUAUGUGUGAGCCAAAGGUUGAAUCAUGUAAAGUUGUUCUCAGUGUUAUGUGUAAUCAUUUUGCAUUUUUCAAAAUCUAGUCUCUAGAUUUCUAGCUUGGGUCUUUUUCCAUAUGCCCACUCCCCAUUGAUUUGUCUAACACAUUUCCUAUAUAGUAAUCUGCUUAUCGUUUGCUUGAGGACAUUCACUGUUUCCUAAACUUCUUUUAGGUACUUAUAACAAUAUUUUUCUCUCAUUUAGGUGUGUAUACUUAAGGAAGCACUAUGCAGUGAAGGAAUGUUGAAGGAGAACUAAAAAAAGUUGUGAUAGAGAUUAUUGUGUAUGUUGUAUAUUUGGGAGUGAAAACGUCUUAAAUGAUGACAAACAUAUCUGACACACCAAAAAUGAGACUUGAAAACUCUCUCUCUCUCUCGGUAUGACCUUUCAUCUUCCAUUCCUAGCGCUUCUCACUAGGGAUAGUCCUUAAUAUUUCUUUGCUUCCCUGAUUCGUGUUCCCCCUGUCUUUUUUCUUCUUUUAGUUUUAUCUUUAGUUUGUUGAAGAUGGUUCUUAGUUUUUGGAUUGAAGCUAAGAGGUUAUCGGGCAAUAAAGUUUCUUUUCAGACAAAAGGGGAAGGUAAUGGAGUUUUUAUGGUCCAAAAGUGUCAAAACGCAUUUGACAGAUUUAUGAAGCUGCUUGAGUUUGGCACUGGUAUGGGGAAUGGAAUCAUAGUGAUUCCAGAAGGGAGGAUAGGGGGUGGUUGGGUAGGUUUUGUGAAAUUAAUGAGAGAGAUGGUUAAUUUUAGGAACUUAGUUUCAGUUUUUGAAAACAGAGUUGUUCUUAUGAAUGGUGGUGGUGAACGGGAUUCCAGAAAUAAGAAGGUGAUUUCUGAUUCAUCUUCGAAAGGUGUUAACCAUCAUCGUGAAGUUUCUUACCUGUCGAUCUUAACGAAUCCAAGGCAAGAGGGUUCUGGUCCUCAACAGAUUUAUGGCAUUGGUAAAUUUAGGAAGGAUGAAUUGGUGUUGGAUGGUGUCAAAAGGAAUGAUGUUUUGUGGCGGAAGUAGAUG